AUGGGAGCGGACAUCAGGACGGUGGUCCUUGCAUGGGGGAUCUCCAUUUUCAGACCUUGCCACAGAAAAGUCUGUUUUCAAGCUGGGAAGAAGUUGUGUUUGAGUCUGGUGGUCUCUAGUGGCUCCUGUACCUGCAAACCUCUCAAUAAUGACAUCCAAAGCGACAACCCUGAGGAACUGUACUCUCAGCUGUCAGAGGAGGACCUUCUGGAAGAAGAGGCAGCUGACUUGAAGAUGGAGAACCUCCUCGGAACCAUGAAGGAGGGCUUUUUGAGGAAACUCAACCUGUCGGACGUUCCUCAGGAGCACAGCAAGAUCGACCCUCCUCAGUUCAUGAUGGAGCUGUACAAUAAGUACGCCUCGGACAGCUCGGCUAUCCCUCAGUCUGAUGUCAUACGAAGUUGCACUGUCCAGGAUAUCACACUCUCUUCGACAAAUGGCACAAAGUCGAAAUACAGGCUGCAGUUCAAUGACACCAUACCCAACCACGAAAAGAUCACCAAUGCUGAACUUCACCUCUUCUUCUACCCGGAGGCCAGGUCAAGGUUGACCUCCCACAGCUUUCAGGCCACUGUCAAAGUCUAUGAAGUGGAUGAAAAAGAUUUUACAUCCACGACCCAUCUACUGGUUGGUAAAGAGGUAACAGGACCACAGAGUACUUGGACGACGUUUGAUGUGACAGCAGCAAUUCAGAGCUGGAUCAAGUCAGGCAAUGGAGCAACUGUUAUUGAUGUGGUGGUGGAUAGGAAGAACUGUGGGGCUUCUGGCAUUGGCGAGGCAGGAGCAGGCUGUUUAAAUAUGAGCAUGUCCGUUGGCGAUAACACUUCAGCAGCUUUGAUCGUUUUCUCAGAUGACCUGGGUAGCAGGAGGAGGGAGAAUAAGAAGGAGAUUAAGGAGAUGAUCCUCCAUGAAGAAGAAACCAUUUUACACUCGGGCGCCGACUGGAAUAGAGGGGAGCAACUUCCAAACACGAUCUUAGAAGUUCAGCGUCCACGGAGAAACAAGAGAAAGGCCGAGAGGGAAUACUGCCGACGGACCUCACUCAAGGUCAACUUUAAAGACAUUGGCUGGGAUAGUUGGAUUGUGGCGCCUCCAGGAUAUGACGCCUUCGAAUGUAGAGGGCUGUGCUACCACCCACUAACGGACGAAUCAACCCCAUCCAAACAUGCCCUUAUCCAGACAUUGAUCAACAUUAGGGACCCAAAGAGGGCCAACAUGGCGUGCUGUGUCCCCAUCAAACUGGACCCCAUUACGGUCAUGUAUCAGGAGAAUGGACGCCUUACUAUAAGAUACCUGUAUGAAGAGAUGAAGGUGGCAGAGUGUGGCUGCAGGUAGUUGGAGAGGGUUGGUUGUUUGCUUUGGUGGUAUCACAGGUGAUUGUAAUAGUUGUAUAACUGCGUUCCAUUCAAGUAAGUCUGAUGUUCACAGAUGAGAAGUUGUGUAACAAUCACCAUGGCCCACAUUGGUCAACUUGCGAGAGCUAAGACCAGAUCUAAGAAUACAAAUUAACACCUCUCACAACUUUCCUAUUUAUCCCAAUGCAGCAGCAUCAGUGAUAUUCUUAAAAAAAAUGAAUACCAAUCCAAUCAUACUGGUCCAAAUUGCACACCCAAUCUGAAAUAGAAUUCCCCUAAAUGAGCAAUUUUUCAUCAAGAUCUGUGAAUUACUGCCUGGGAAAUUGAUGAAAUUGUCGAAAACACAAUGUUAAAGAAAGUGGGGAAAGAAUCCGGGAUCUGUGCCUAUGUCCAGAUCCCCAAUGAUAUGGAAUGGGUUCUUCCUUGGCCCAUGUCCCAACCUUCCACCAGAUUCAGUCGAAGUUUGUUCUGUCAUUUUGCUUAAUCCUGCUGACAAUCAACAAAAAUUCCAAUCAACUAACAUGACAAAACCUCCUUUGCGGUGGGUACGGCCUAGGUCAUACAAAUUCAUCCAUUGAGGAUCAUAAAUGUAGUAAGAACAACAGUUAGGUAAGAAACUACUGUACCGCCUCUCUGCCAAUCUGUGAACACAAUGGAUGCAGAGAGAGGUGUGCUUCUCCCUGACAGGGCUGUACUGAUGAUUCUCUUCUAUGGAGAGUGGUUAAGGUUUGUCGCUAGAUUUGUUGCAGUUUUUUUUAAAGACAUUUUUUAAACGGAUGAUAUAAUAGACUAUUUGUGCCAAUUGUAAUUAAAAAAGCAACAGUCAACUCCCAACGCUCAUCUGGCUGACCAAUGAUGCAAUAAGAGGACAACUCCAUCCCUCACUUAGUCAUAUCUGGAAAUGUGGAGCUGGAACUUGGAUGGUCCAACCAAAUAGAAUUGAGGUCUCGUGUUGGAAUUAAAUAAACAGUAUUUACAGCGGGAUUAUAUUAUUUUACAUUGUAGCUAUGAAACUAUAUAAUGAAGCGUUUACAGUUUAUGCUUUUCCUUUAAAUGUAUCGUUGGCGAGAAAUUGAAAACUAGUGAAAUGUCAUGAAUGCAACGUAACAGGAGAACACCCAACAGGUCAGUUACACUUGCUCUUUUUGUUUCCUGUGUGUAUUCCUGUGCUGAAAUGGAUCAUAUUCAGAACCUUCAACCUUUGCUCAAAUUACUGUAUCUCUUUUAUAAGUUUCACUUGGUUAUACAACCUGGCAGCGAACCAAAGGAAGCAGACAUAUUUAUAGGUUAUUGUAUAUUUAAUACUUAUUGUAUGUAUAUAUAAAGAUUGUCCUUGCAAUAUCUUGUAUUUCUAUUUGUAUUUUUUAUAUAAGAAAUAAUUUAGCGAAAUGCUCAUCUUUUUAUUUUAUUAAUGGGAAGAUAUUUUUAGGUGCGCUGACAUGUAUGUAAAUCUGUAUAUUAUCAUUGAAAGUGUAAUUUUUCGUAUUAACUGUAUAUAUAAUAAUUUUACAUUUUUUCAGAAGUCUACAAAAUACUGCCAGCAAACUUGUACGGAAAGUACAGCCUAUACAAUGGUCAGCUGACAUAUGCAUGCAGUUUCCUAUUGCUUAUGUGGGCUAUGGUAAUCACACAAGCGUAAAAUGUCAAUCCUGAAUUUGAUAAGACAAUAGUUCAACAAAGAGGUUUCUGCCACAUCUACGAUUAAAAACCUGCCUCCAUCUGAGUGUUAGAGCUGCUGACUCUAAAUAACUCAAUCCAUUUGGCUUACAGGCUUCACUGUACGGUUUGUCUGUUGACAUCUGCAAUUUGUUGUAGGAUUUACAACCAUUAAAUUAAUAAAUAUAAAUCUCGGAUGAAAUUAUUUGUCACUAUACAGCUCAUCGUGAAUUUACUGAAUUGUAUAAUAUUUGGGACAUGAAUUGAUGUCCUUUUCCGUCAAAUUCUUUACCCUUUAAUGUCCUGUAAUAACUAUACAGGUUGUGUACCCAGAGACAUGAAAGUCCAUCCAAUAAGAACAUUGCAGCAAACACGCACAGCAAAUAAAGAAGAUUUUCUUGGCCCCAUUUGACCCGAAACACAAUUGCAUCUCCAUUGCAUCUUUUUGCUGCAUCUAAGUGUUUAUACAGGAUCGAGGCUAAAUGUUUCUGGCGAAAUUACCUGUCUAAACUAUCAUCACAUCAGCCUGGAAUUGUCUAAUAUAUCAACUGUGCAAAUAAAGACAGAUGUGCAAGUUAA